GCCGGGGCGGGGCCUGCGGUGAGCUCCGCUUGGUGGGCUGUUCCGGGGCCGGGACUGGGGCUGGGCCUGCAGUGGGCAUCUGGCGAUGCGGCACGGGUGCUGCGGGGUGUACAGACGCGCGUACGAUCUGACCGAGGGAGGGACCUACUGGCGAACGGCCGCGGGGACUCCCAGGCGCGGCGGUGCCUCAAGGUGGUGAAGGUCACAGGGCCGUGGCACUCCCGCUAGACCGGCAGCUGUGGGAGGCAGGCCCAGCCCCACGUCCUCCGUGCACCACCCUGAGCUGGAUCCAGGGCUGUCUGCCGUCCACCUUCCCACUUCCACGCUGCCCUCCUGCCUGCAGCCAUGACUCCCCUGCUCACCCUGUUCCUGGUGGCCCUCAUCGGCCUACCUCUGGCCCAGGCCCUGGACUGCCACGUGUGUGCCUACAACGGAGACAAUUGCUUCAACCCGAUGCGCUGCCCGGCUAUGGUUGCCUACUGCAUGACCACACGCACCUACUACACCCCCACCAGGAUGAAGGUGAGCAAGUCCUGCGUACCCAGCUGCUUCGAGACCGUGUACGAUGGCUACUCCAAGCACGCAUCCACCACCUCUUGCUGCCAAUACGAUCUCUGUAACGGCGCCGGCUUUGCGGCCCCAGCGACCCUGGCCCUGGCCCCCAUCCUCCUGGCCACCCUCUGGGGUUUGCUCUAAAGCCCCCCAGGCAGACCCAGUCAAGAACAAAGCUCUCAGGAGACGCCGCUGCACCCUCCACCCCGCUGGCCCCGCCUCACUCUCCGCCCUCCCUGGACCUCCUCAGCCACGCCCAGGACCUGGGCCUGUGGGCAAGAGGACGCCUGACCCUGGCCGCCUCUCCCCCAACCACCACGCGACCUCACUUCCAGGCCUUGACCUUUGGCUUCCUAAAGGCUGAUGUGUGGGGUCCCAAAAGUGUCUGGCCUUGGUGGGCUCAGCCCCGCGCCUGUCCGGGGCUGGGGGCUUCUGGCACAGUGCUGUUUAUGGGGAGGGGCCCAGUCAGGCGAGGAGCACUGAGCAGAUGGGUGCUGUGACCAAGCCCACCUUCUGGGAAGGCCCUGCCUCCGCCUGCCCAGGCUGUGCUGGGGCGGGGAAGACAAGGAACCUGGCGGGACUCAGGAGGAAGGGCUCUUCCAGGCCAAGGACCGCUGCCAUGCUUCCUCGUGAGGCCAGGAGCUGCCCGGCGGGUGCGGGGUCCGGCUGUGGGAGGAAGGCCUUGGGCACCGUCCCCGUGCUCGGAAGGCUGCCAGGCUGCCUGGGAGCCACCCCUGGCAGGGGAGGGGGCGGCUCUGCCUCAGCAGGCCCCCAAGACCCCCGAAGCUGCAGAGGCUUUUCCGGGUCCGGUAAAGGGGUCUGUGUCCCCUUGCCCCGUCAAAACCCUUGACCUUUCCCGCCCCCUCACAGGGAGGGCGCCGGGCCUGAGGCUGGCAGGAGCUGGGCUAUAUUUGGUGUGACCUGGUCGCUGCCCAGGCCAGCGCUAUUCAGGGCAGGGAGGGAAAGGGGCAGGGCCGGGCAGGUGGCCUGCUGAGGCCUGGUCCCCAACCACAGCAGGGCCUGGCGGAGCAGGGCUGGGGGCUGCACCCAUGGGCCAGGGGUCGGGAGCAGCCUGGGGCAGGCGAGGGCGUGGGGAGGUGGGAGCGUGCCGCCCUCUUGUGGCCACGAGAGGGCGGGGGUGGGGAGCGCGGAGGCCCAGCCCCUCCCCACAGCAGGACUGGGUCAGUGACUGGGUGCCCCAGCGCCCUGCACCUGGGACUGCUUUGGCAGGGAGGGCGGGGCGGAAGCCCCAGUUGGGGGUGGGGACUCCCAGGGACUCCCAGGGACUGGGGCCAGUGGGGGCCAUCAGUCACGCUGCCCCGAGGCCCCCGCCGGACCAGUGCCCCCGGCUCUGCUGUCCUCGGAGGAGCCCUCCAAGCGCUUCAAGCCGUCCUGUGUGGGCAGGAUGGAAACAGACGUCCACGCAGUGACUGCCCCUGCCCCAAAGUGUGGCCCUGGUCAGGGGAGCCCCUGCUGGAAAUUGCUUCUGGAGAGCUUUGGCGUGGGACCCCGGGGGAGGGGGGAGGAGUCUGCAGCCCGGGGUCUCCUUGCAGCCAGUCUGCCUGCAGGCCUGCGUGGUGCUCCUGGGCUGACAUGAGGACCAGAGGGGGGCAGUGUGGGAACGGGCCUGGAAUGGGAGGAAUGUGACUCCCCAGAGGGAAGAGGGACGUCAUACAGGCCAAGAGCUGGGAAGGAGCUGCUGCCAGCACUCCCUUCCCCCCCACCCCCAGAGCAGGCCUGGCCCGGGGCGGCUGCGAGGAUGCCAGCUGCCUCCUGAGGCCUCUCAGCUGCAGCCGGCAAGGCCUUGCGAUGUUUGCUGGGAGGGAAGUGGCUUUGGGCGCCCCCAGCCCCAAAGGCUCCCUGUCCGUGGGAGGCCUGGGAGCAGUCACCGCUGUGUGCAAGCCUCUUGUCCAGUCGGGUGACUUCCUGGGCCAGGGCUGGGAGGGGCUCCACGAUCAGGUCCUCCCU